AUGGACGACACCACCCAUAGCGUGUUGACCGCGCUUCGGAACACGCUUGACGCGGAGGUCAGGGUGCGCCAGGACGCCGAGUCCCAGCUCCGGGUGUUCGAGCAAACCCCCGACUUCACCACCAACUUGCUCGCCAUCAUCGGCGAGCCGUCGGUCGACCGGGGCACCCAGAUCGCCGCCGCCAUCUUCUUCAAAAACCGUGUCGCCCACCACUGGCUUCCCCCCGACAACAAGCCGGCGACUUCGCUGACCAUCCCCGUCAGCGAACGGGACCUGGUCAAGAACAAAUUGAUCACGCUGCUUAUCGCUACUUACCAAAUUGCCCAGAUCCGCUCCCAAUUGCUGAGCGCCCUCAACACGAUUUUGUCCUACGACAAGUGGGAGCAGAUGGGCGACAUCAUCACCAACCUCAUCGGUGACGGCUCCAACACCGACCACGUCUAUGUGGGUCUCAUCUGCUUGUUUGAGUAUACUAAGAACUACCGCUGGGACGGGCUCGAGCUGAGCGGCGGUAAUCCCGUGGUCAAUGAAAUCACGGAAAAGACCUUCCCUUUGCUUGAACAGCUUGUGCCUCGCCUCGUGCUGCUGGACCUGCCCCAGCUGGCGGAGAUGUUAUACUUGAUCCUCAAAAUCUUUAAGUUUGUCAGCUGCAUGCAAUUACCCCCUUACCUUAAAGACUUUUCUAAUUUAGGUAAAUGGUGUCAGUUACAGAUCGAUGUCAUCAACCACCCGUUACCUCCCUCGGUGCUUGCUGAGGACGUGGAACACCGCUCGCAAUUGCCGUGGGUGAAAGCGGUGAAAUGGUGUUUCGGUAACUUGCAUCGCUUACUCAGUCGUCAUGGUGGCGGGUUCUUCACUAAAGACAAGGAAGGCCAGUUCGCCACUUACUUCCUCGAGAACUUUGUCCCGCAAAUCUUACAAGCAUACUGGAAAAUCAUCGAGCGGUGGAGUACCAAGGAAGUGUGGCUUCUGGAAGGGGCGUUAUACUACCUCAUCCUGUUUAUCGAACAGUUAGUGCAAACCCCCGCGUGGCUGCUUGUCAGCGACAAGCUUGAAGCGGUGAUUAAGCACGUGGUGUUCCCCACUCUUAAUGCUUCUGAAGAAACCAUUGAGCUCUACGAAGAUGAUCCUGACGAAUAUAUCCGUCGCUUUUUCGACUUAUCAAGAGACGCUAACACUUCCGACGUGGCGCUGAUCAACUUAAUUUUCCGUAUCGCCAACAAGCGGUUUGACGAGACCGGUAACGUCAUCAUCGGUGCCGUCAACGAAGUGUUGGCUCAGAGGGCUCAGGACCGUCUGCUGCCUGCGAUUGCGAAACAAGUGGAAGGGGCGUUGCGCAUCCUCAGUACCAUCUCCUUCAUCAUCAGCCACCCCGACUUUGCCUCCCUCAAUCAGGUCGACCAAAUGUUGACGACGUUUGUCUACCCGGAAUUGUCUCAAGAGACCAUGGACACUUUCCCUUGGUUGACGGCUAGAGCCUGCGACAUGUUGCUGAUGUUUGACCACCGCUACGUCAAUAAGGAAGUGAGCCAGCAGAUCUUCGAAGCCGUGGUCCAGUGCUUCCAACAACAAAAGCAGUUCCCCAUCCGCAUCACGGCAGUGCCGGCGUUGUGUACCCUUGUGGAAGUGCCGCUGAUCGCCGAGCAAGUGGAACCACAAGCACCUCAGCUUAUGGAGCUGUUAUUGGAGAUGUCGAAGAAGUUUGAACUGGAAAUCUUAACUACUCCUAUGCAAACAUUUGUGGAGAAAUUCAGCAAAGUGCUUGAGCCUUUCUCUACCCAAUUGGCUCAGCAAUUGGUGGAGCAUUUCGUCACUCUCGCUACUGAACUCGGUGAGAACGGGUACAGUCCCGAACAAUCGACCGAUUUGGACAAAGAGUACCAGGCGUUGGGGAUCUUACUGACCCUCACUACGCUCAUCAAUACUGUAAGCAAUAACCCCUCGUUAGGACGCCAGAUGGAGCAAGUGGUCAAGGAUAUGGUGAAGUUUGUGUUCGACAACGCACUCGUCCUGUUCCUUCCCGAAACCAUUGAGAUUCUUGAUCUGAUUCUCUACGCCACCAAUGAGAUGCUGCCGACGAUGUGGGAGCUUUACCGACUGGUGGUGGACGCGUUUGACACUUACGCCUACGAGUACUUUGACCAAAUCACCCCGUUCUUCGAAGGGGUGGUCAACUACGGGUUUAAGAGCUUGUCGAUUGACUCGCCUCACGUGCAAUCCCUCAUCAACCUCUGCACGGGCGUGCUUCGCCAGGGCACCGACGGCGUGUUUGCCCACAAAGCAUUUGAGAUGUUGGAGUUGGUGAUCUUGGCGCUUGGCAACAAGAUGGCGCCGGUGCUCCCGGCGUUCCUCGAGGAGAUCUUUAGCAUUUUCAUGGACUACGAAGAGCAAAACGCCUUCGACGGCAUGAUGUUGCACCACUUGCUGAUCUUACGGGUGUUGUUUUCUGCCAUUUUCGCCGAUGCUAACAUCGCUCUUAAGUUCAUCGAAGACAAACAAUUUGUGGCGCUGUUCCUUAACCUUUGGGUGAAGCACCUGGAGGACUUCCAGAGUGUGUAUGGGUGCAAGCUCCAGAUCUUGGCGGCGUUGCUGAUGAUGCGUCUGGACCAGUUAUCGGUGGUCCCCGUCGACUGCGUGCUGGAGCUCACCGACCUUUUAUUCUCGAACUUCGCCGCGUUGCCUGGGGCCAUCAAGGCUCGUCAAGAGAUCUUGUCUAAGGAUGUGCGCGAGUAUAACCCUAAUGACGACGUCGACGACGAGUACGAGGUUGACGAAGCGGAGAUGGAAGCGCUUAAGUUGACGCCCAUCGACGAGAUCAACGUGUUCACGGUGUUGACGAAAACGAUCGACUCUUUACAACAGACAAACGCCCAGCGCUACCAGACGUUGUUUGGCGAGAUCGACGACACUCAGCGCGCGCUUUUGCAUCAGGUGUACGCCUGGGGCCAGACCCCUACGGCGUAA